CUUUGCGUGUCUCUGCGCUGCGUGGAGGUGAAACUUUUCUCCCUUCAGCCGCCGCGCGCCGCGCGCCUCCGAUGGCUUUCCACGUGCUUGGAGGCGCUUCUCCUCACUGAGAGCAAAGUUGAGGAGCUGAGGAGGAAGGAGUCAGAGAGAGGAGCGAUCGGGCGCCGAACCGGCCAUGGAGACCCCGUCACCGAGAGCUACGGAGAAGAAGGACAAAAUGGACGGCAGCAGCUUCAGCGACGUCCCAAAGAAGGCCUCGCCCUCCGAAACCAGAGCCCCCCAGCACCUCUUCCCCACCUUCCACACGCCGAUCCCCAUCGACAUCCGGCACCAUGAAGGACGGUACCACUACGAGCCCCACGCUCUGCACGCCAUGCACAGCCCUGCAGGACUGACGGGCAGCCCCGUCAUCUCAGACAUCUCUCUGAUUCGCCUGUCGCCCGCUGCCAUGACGACCGGCGAGUCUCCGUUCAGCCAGCCCCACCCGUACGUCACGCCCCACAUGGAGCACUACCUGCGCUCCGUCCACGGCAGCCCCACCCUGUCCAUGAUCUCCGCGGCCCGCGGACUCAGCCCAGCGGACCUGGCUCAUGAGCAUCUGAAGGAGAGGGGUCUCUUUGGUCUUCCUCCUCCGCCCCCCCCUCCUCCUCCUCCUCCAGGGGCCGGGGCAGCAGAGUACUACCAUCUGAUGGCGAGCCACCGGAGCCCCUACAGCGAGCUCCUGAUGCAGGGGGCGGGGGCCCCGCCGGGGGCCCACCUCUCCGACUACAUCUCUCCCAUUGACGUGUCCCGCUUCUCCAGCCCCAGACUGACGCCCAGACUCAGCAGGAAGAGGGCGCUGUCCAUCUCGCCGCUGUCUGAUGCCAGCAUCGACCUCCAGACCAUGAUCAGGACUUCACCGAACUCCUUGGUGGCGUACAUCAACAAUUCACGGUCCAGUUCAGCCGCCAGCAGCUCGUAUGGACACCUGUCGGUCGGCGGACUGAGCCCGUCCUUUCCCUUCCCCCACCCCAUCAACUCCAUGGCCUACCAGCAGCUCCUGUCCCAGCAGCGCGGCCUCAGUGCCUUCGGCCACAAUCCGCCCCUCAUACACCCUCCACCCCCUUUCUCCAGCCGCCCGUCGGGCCUCAGCCUCUCCUCCCUGCCCACCUCCACCCACAACAACGACAUGUCGUCCAAGAACCACGGAGGAGAUUCUGCCGUCAGCAGCUCGGUGGAUCCCAUCAGCAAACGCUCUAAAGUGAAGGCGGAGCUGGACGGACUGAAGCCGGGAUCUCCGCAGUCACCGAACCGUUACGGCGCCGUGCACGACCUGAAGGAGGACACGGACCGGGACGAGUGCAAGCAGGAGCCCGAGGCCGUUUAUGAAACCAACUGUCACUGGGAGGGCUGCAGCAAGGAGUACGACAGCCAGGAGCAGCUGGUGCAUCACAUCAAUAACGACCACAUCCACGGAGAGAAGAAGGAGUUCGUGUGCCGCUGGGACGACUGUUCGCGGGAGCAGAAGCCCUUCAAAGCUCAGUACAUGCUGGUGGUUCACAUGCGCCGGCACACCGGGGAGAAGCCGCACAAGUGCACGUUCGAGGGCUGCUCCAAGGCCUACUCCCGCCUGGAGAACCUGAAGACCCACCUGCGCUCUCACACCGGGGAGAAACCGUAUGUCUGCGAGCACGAGGGAUGCAAUAAGGCGUUCUCCAAUGCGUCAGAUCGAGCCAAGCACCAGAACCGGACUCACUCCAACGAGAAACCGUACGUUUGCAAGAUCCCGGGCUGUACCAAACGCUACACGGACCCCAGCUCGCUCAGGAAGCACGUGAAAACGGUUCAUGGCCCAGAGGCCCACAUCACCAAGAAGCAACGCGGCGACCCGCCGCCCAGGCCGCCAGUGCCCAGGGAGAACGGAGAGAACGAGAAAGGCGGUCAGCUCCACAGGGAGGACAAGCUGUCAGAGAACGGCUCCCCCAGAGUCCCGGAGGACUACCUGCACGUUAAAUCCAUCAAGACGGAAAACUCAGUGAUGUAUCAGUCCAGUCCUGGCGGUCAGUCAUCGUGUAGCAGCGAACCAUCACCGCUUGGCACCAACAAUGACAGUGGAGUAGAAACGGCGGCGCACAGCGGGGGAAGCCUGGGGGACCUCAGCACCCUGGACGACCUGCCGUUCGUGGACUCGCUGGGAUUCGAGGACUCCUCCGGUGGGGGUGCAGCGGUGGGCCUCCAUCUAAGAAAGCAGCUGAGCACCAGCCAGUGCCUGGAGAACCUGAAGAAGGAGAAACUGAAGGCCGUGAGGGACUCAUGUUGGUGGGCUAGCAACCCAACGCCCGCUGGCCAUCGGGGCGUUACGCUGCCGCCCAUACCGACCAGCGGGUCCCUGGUGGAAAGUUCGACCAUGUGUGAGGAUCCCGCUUCCUUCCCGGGCUCUGGCUUAGGUCUGCUGAGCUCUGACAAGAUAACCCUGUUGGCAAACCUCUCCGAGCGCCGUGACAGCACCUCCAGCACCCUGAGCUCAGUCUACACGCUCAGCCGGCGGUCCUCGGGCAUCUCCCCGGGUUUCUCCAGUAGACGCUCCAGCCAGACGUCUCAGUUUGGCGCCAACCGCCUGACAAACAUCAGCUCGGCCGGCUCCUAUGACCCCAUCUCUGCGGAUAUUUCUCGCCGUUCCAGUCAGACCAGCCAGUUUGGGGGGAAUGCCUGCGGCCCCGGAGGGGGUGGGCUUGGCCUUCCCGGUCCCCUGAGCCUGACCCCAGCCCAGCACUACAGACUAAAGGCAAAGUACGCUGCUGCAACUGGAGGCGCUCCUCCUACACCGCUUCCAUACUUGGAUCAAUCAUGUCAUGAUUUCAGUGAACACUCGUCCAAAAACAGCCUGAGAUCCGCUCAGUUCAACCAGGAACGAAGCAUUUUCCCCCACGAAGUUCCGUCCCACGUCCCCCGGCGAGCCAGUGAACCUGUGAGACCUUUAGAUCCGCUCAGCCAGCCGCAGAUGCAGCGGUACAACAGCAUGGUCACCCUAAACAGAAGGGUGUCCCUGCAGCCCCAUCCUCCGCCCGAUCGCAGACGCUUAUCGCAGCAGGGAUGCGUCCAAACAGGCGGCAGUCACUGCUACCCCUACAGCCAACGGCCGCCGAGCAUCUCAGAGAAUAUCACCACAGAAACACGAAGCUACAGAGGAAACUCAUCCGGGCUGGAAGGUGUCCAAGGAGCUCCAAGCGCACAGCAGCUGUACCGCCAGAGCGGGAUGGACGGUCUGAACCCGAGCCCAGGACGGCACCGACACAUGGGUUCAUCCUCCCCCCACAGUGGCGCUGCUAACCCACAGUGGAACAGGUUUUCCUCAGGACUCCCGGGGGCCACUCAGCAGUACUGCAGACUAGAAGGACAUGGGAAUCUAGCUGUGGUCCAGCAGAGCCAGAAUGUCGGACCGUACAGUGUGACCUCCCAUCAACAGAUGGUCCAAACCUUGUCCAACAGAGGCGUCCAGCUCAGCUCUGAAGCAGGACCGGUCCUCCUCCAGCAAUCUAACCUCAAUGAACCUGCCAGCUGUCGGUUUGGGUUCAGCCCCGGUUCCUACGACAGGAACGGUAACCUCCCGUACUCGCCCUGCGGCACCAUGGCGCUGCACUGCAAGGAGGAGCCCAACGACGUGGAGCUCUGCCGGUUCCAGCCAGUCCAGAUAAAAAUGGAGAGCAGUGACGCUUCGGCUGUGAUGUUGGACCAGCAGAACUGUAACACCAGGACCCAGAAUGGCUUCCAAACGGGGAUUCAGAACCACCUCCAGCGAAGACCACCAGCAGAACCAAAGUCUCCAAACCUGUCCAGCCCAACGCUGGUGCCGUCAGAUGAUUCCCAACUAGCCAAAGCUUCAGGACUUCCUUACAAUUCCGAUGACAAUGCUCUGUUCUACAGGGGCCAGAUCCAAGUCCUGGAGCCCAACGGGAACCUGGACUGCCAGGUGUCCCUGUCGGUUGGCUCGCCUUCAGCGGCUCCAGGCUCAGCAGACAACCAGGCAGACGGGACAGCCGCCGUGGAGCACGCUCAGAUAGACUUUGAUAGCAUGCUUGAUGAUGGGGAUCACUCCAGCCUGAUGUCAGGAAACCUGAGUCCAGGGUUGCUGCUGGGCUUUUCGCCGGGUUCCUCCCGCCUGACCACGCCCAGGAACUCUGUGACGCUACCCUCGGUUCCGGCAGGAACGGGGAACAUGGCCAUCGGGGACAUGAGCUCACUGCUGACGGCGCUGGCAGAGGAGAACAAGUUCCUCAACCUGAUCGCUUAAGCGACAUGAACCAUCUGGGUGUAACAUUCAUUACUGUUCGUAAAGCCAUACUUCUGUUUGCCUUAGGGUGUGAAAAGCUGCCGCUGAGCCGUCCUGGAUAAGAUCUAACUAAGUGCCUGUUGGUGGAAAUCAGCCGGUGUGUCGGUGUUUGGACUGCGGCUCAGACAGGGACACGUUCCAGGAUCUGUAGCGUUUUCAUAGCUAAACGGUGACAGCUUGGCGCCGAAGGCCGGAUCUGUGACUGGAAUUAGAAAGCGGCGCCUCACAGCAGAGGAUCUGAAUAUUAUUAUCUCACCAAACUCGACUCCUUCUCUUGUAUAUUGUCCUGGUUUCUUUGUAAAUAGAAUUUGUACAUUUUUAAUAAACAAGAAUUAUGGAUUUUUUAAAAA